AAAAUAUCCGCGGUGAACACGAUUGUUAAAGGUCGUCGGUUUAAAGGAGGUAAUUUUGAACCCAUCCCGAGCACCUCGUGCUAUAGUCGCGGUAAUGGGGCUGUGCGAUGCGUUAAGAGGAAACGUGAUUUACGAGACGAUAAGACCUUAUGUUAUGUUAUGCUUGCCAAAUGAUUCAUUGGCUUCAGAGUCGUAUUUUUCUGAAUUGAAGUGUGCAUCUGCCUACUUGGAUUGUACCUAUUUUAUUCUACGUGUUAUCAAUACUGAGUUGUUACAGAUAAAGCAAUCGGCUAAAAUAAAGGUUAGUUUGUAAGUUAAUCCAUGGAAUUCAUGAAUUAGUCUUUUUAAUUAACGUUCUCGUGUGGGGUUUAAGACCAACGUACCCUAUACCUGUUACACACUUCCCCACUGAGACUUAGUUACACUGAGUUUUGCUUGAUGGUUCUGCUUCGGGUUUUAAGUAUAAUCAUAUCAUUUCGUACAUCAGUGACUGUACUUGGUAAAUAAUGCUUCUGAGGUAAUGUGACAAGUAUUUGAACAGUGUGGAUUGUCAUUCACUGAUUUAUUUAUAGUGUGACGUCGAGUCGCGGUUGACUAUGACCACCACUACAGGAAGACUACGUGCCAGUUAACCGAUAAGAUCCCCAUAGGCCAAAUAUCAGAAGGCAGUUGAUGGCUGUAGUCGAGAUGUAUUUGUUGGCGAUCUCGUGGUAUUGAAAGAAUACCGAGAUCGUGCCAGGUUACAAGUGUGGUCACUGAGCGUAACCGAAUUCGUGCAGGGUCACAAGCAACUGAAGAAUGUAUGUAUUUUGGUACAGUUAAACAAACAAGUACGGUAAAACAAUCCCUGGUAGAAUUGGUUAUAAUAAUAACUGUUUCAAUUAUACCAAUCUCGUUCUCUUGAUAAAAGUAGAUCACUACAGAUUCAUCUUACAACGUCAAUGACUUAGGAAUUUUGACGUACACUAUCCCAGUGCUCUUAUAUGAUUAGUUUCGUGUGAUACAUAAUCAUCAUGCUUCAUAAUCUGUUUGUAAAUCACAACUGUGGUUAGAUGCUAUACAACUUAGUAGUUUACGACACCACCAGUUCCCUCAAGAGUACAGGUAUACCUUACCGAUAAGUGUCAAAUAAAACGAAACACAGAUCUAAGGCUUCCUGCCAACUAUAUCCAAUCCCCUAGUAUCUUAACAUAUUACACACGAUAGCUAAUUACUUAAACCAGUGACCACAUUAUAAAUUGAUUUAUGGAAUUUAAUCAACACCAAAGGACCAGACAAAUAUGACAUUGUUCACUACCCAGUAAUUAAUCAAAUGUAGUUUACAACACCAUCAGUAAUGACUGAAUGAUCAGGAUUAAUGGCCCUUCCAUUAUAUGUUUGUCUUACUUUCCCCACGAACAGGAUACCAAGCUUAUAAAGUCAUCCGUGAUUGUGUUUAAUAUAAAUAUUACUUAUAGUGUUAUUAUUACUAUUAUUGUUAUACUAUUUAUAUCACUAUUCCACUCAUCUCAUUUCACGUUGGCAGAUUUGUUUGUGUGCAAAAAUCUUAAUGCCUUUUUAUUUUACAUAUUAAAUAGUAAAUAAUAACCAUGAUUUAAAAUUAAUAUAUGUUUUUCUCAUCUCAUUUUAUUGAAACAAGUCCGACAAUUUUUAUAGAAAUGUAUUAUCCAUAUUUGAUUUACUGCUUAAACCUGAGAAAAAACCAUCAGAAUUUCUGGGCGAACCACCAAAACCAAAAAGUGAUUUAUUUCGGCAUUCAAAACAUUCCCAUCUACGUCAUUAUUUCACUCAAGUAUGGAUAUCGUUUCUAAACAACGAAUUAUCAGAUGACGUACGUCUAGAAUCCGUACGGUAUUUGGGUAAUGGAGGCAUGAAUCGCUUAGCUGAAAUUCGCUUAUUAGCUGAUCACAUUAUACCAAUUUUUGAUCCUGAUCCAGAGAAUAAAUUGUCUCAAACAGAAUUGACAAAAUUUCCAACUAGUUGGUCUCGUGCAGUUUGUCAUGCAGUACUCGGUUUAAUUCAAAAAGGUGAUUUCAAUUAUCCACGUUUGUACAUUCGACUGUAUCGUUUAUUGGAUGAAACUUUGUUUGAAUGUCCAGAUGUUGAACCUUUUCUGAUUGAUUUAGAUGUUUAUUUAAGCUCCAUACAUUUAGCUACCGCAGUUGUUGCAUCAUUCAUAAAACGACUUUCUCAAUUAUCUUUAUUUAGUCCAAUUACAAUUACACCUGCAAUACUUUUAAUCAUCUUCAAUGGUUUACAGAAUCAUCCUCAUUGUCGUGUUUUAAUUAAUUCUAAACAGAAAAAAUCACAAAAAUUAAAUAAUAUUCAAUCGGAUGAUAAUAGUUUACCAAAUGUAUUAAAUGCACAAUCAAUUGGUGAUCCUUAUAAUUGGGAAGCAGAUAAUUUUGAUUCAUCUAGAGCAUUAGAAAGUAGUCUAUGGGAAGUUUAUGCAUUAAUUGGUCAUUGUUCACCAGAUAUCUCAUCAUUAGCUUAUAAAAUUUGUAAUCCUGAUCCAACGGAUACUUUUAAUUCCUCUGUGGCUGACAUACUUGAUAAACAAAAAAACAAUAUUAAAGAAGCAACCCGCUCUGUGAAGGAAGCAUUGUACCUGUUAUCUCAAACUAAUAUUACGAUGCCAGAGUUACCUCCGCUUGAUGGUUGGGCGUAAUUGGUUUUCCUUUUUGGUGCAGAAACGUUUAAGUUUUUAUACAACUUACUAUCUGUGCAAGAAACAUUUUUAAUGAUAAAUAUCUGAUUCUUUUGUAUAAUACUGAACGUUUAUUAAUUCUGUUCAUAUUUUCACCUUUCUACUGUUAUAUCCAGUAGCUUAAUUUCGUGUAAAUGAUGUAUAUAUCCUAUGAGUUGUAUUUACAUGAUAAGAUAAUUAUUAAAAUGUUUUUGUAUUUAUUUACUUUUAUACUGUUCUCAUUUUUUGUUGCGAUAAAUUUUCGUGCAGUACAAAUAUUUCAGUGAAAAAUGAAGUUUACAAGACAAGCUGCGUUCUGCCGGAUGCAUUCACGAUUAAUAUAUUUAACCAUGGUCUUUUGCAAAUGUUACUCAGUGAAAGUGUCAUUAAUUGGCAUUAACUUGACAGUUUUUGACCUUUCACUCUAAUUGGUUGAGCUAUUAAGUCAACUAUCAACUUGCUCUUAGUUAAACCGUUUUCUGUAAAAUGGUAAUGAAAAAUAAUGGUCAAGUGUAGCCGUCAUAUGAGCUAUCUAUGCAUAGGAUAUGGAAAAGAAAAAAUCAGGUUUCUCAGUUUUACGGGCUAUUAAUAUCGAUCAACCUAAGU